GUUAUCGGAGCGGAUCAACUAUCUAUCUCGGGGCCCCAAGCCCUUUCUUGUCAUUGCAUCCCCCAUCAGGUUCACACACUUCUUGAAGAAUUGUACUUCUAUUCAGCCGUAUAAAGAGAGACUAUGUCUAGAAAAUGGACCUUAUCACUCAACAUAGAAUAAAGAAGGAGGCGCAAGACUUCAUUGCCUCCAUUGAUCAAUCUGCUGUCUGCGAGCUAGCAACAUCAUUCCAUCCAGCGAAGAAGCGCUGUCGGAUAUUUGAUGAAGUGAAGAAAGGCGGGUUUAAUGUCUGCUUUCCAGUCGAGUUUACGAAUGAUUCAAACAGUAACAGCACAUCAAAUGAGAGAUGGAUGGUUCGAAUCCCAAUUCUACCGCGCUUAGCUUUUCCAGAGGAAAAACUGCGCAGUGAAAUCGCUACAAUGAAAUUCAUCACGGAAAAUACUACCAUACCUAUCCCACACUUACAUGGGUAUUCAAUAAAACGAAACAACUCGCUUGGUCUCCCAUUUAUGCUCCUGAGCUAUGUCGAAGGAAAGUCUCUGUUCACUGUGGAAGUUCGCAAGCUCUCAGAUCGUGAACGGCGUCAAUUCUUCACAAAACUCGGUGAUAUCUAUAUCCAGCUGUUUCAGCAUCAGUUUGAUCGGAUUGGCGCCCUGACUUUGGAUGCGGACGAUGUGCAUUGGGUUUUUGAUCACAAUCGACCACUCUCAGUAUUAAUGAAUGAUCAGUCCCUCGCGGGAAUUGAGUCAUGCCGCUUGAUAGCACCCAAUCAAACAUUUCAUUCAACGAUAGAUUACGCCUAUACAAUACAUCAGGCUUUGCUUGACGACUUUUAUCGGCGGAGAGACAGUAUUAUAGGUGAAGAUGAUGCUUACUCAUACAUCUACAGCUUACACAAAUCUUGUUGCUUUCUGAUGAAGUGGGUAAAGCCUGAAUACAAUCAUGGCCCGUUUAUUUUGAUGCAUGGUGACCUACGGUCUGCCAACAUUCUUGUUGAUGAUGAUCUAAAUAUUGUCUCUGUGUUGGACUGGGAAUGGAGUCACACAAUCCCUGUGCAGAUGUUUAUUCCUCCGUCCUGGCUUGAUGGUCUUGAGUUGGUAGGAAGCGCAAAAAUGCCCCAUCGACUGCUCUAUGAGAGCAUGCUGUUUACUUUGGAAAUGGAAACAAGACGGCGUGAGAGCGAAUAUCAUCCUGAGUGCCGACAUCUUGAUCAACUGCCAUUGGCCAAAAUAUGGAGGAAAAGCCUCCGAUCUCCUGAUCUUUUUAUCGCACACGCGCUACUGCAACCUCUUUACUUUGGUGAUCUUUACUGGUCUGUGUUUGAAUAUGAUUACUAUGGGAAUGACCGAAUUCAUUUUAAACAGAGAAUGAAUGAUUUCUUCAGCCUGGAGAUACACAAGCCAGAGUUGGAGGCAGUACGGGAGAAACUUAAAGAUCUUGAAGAAUUUGAAAAAGAAUGUGAUCUGCUUGGAAUUGAAAGAGAGACACAAGAGACUGAAAGAUGUGGAAACAAUCAUCCAAACCAUACCCUUGGGAAACCAAAAGCCAAUUCACCUGAACCAUUGCAUCGUCUAAGAACUAGCCUCAAAAACCUUGCACUGAAACUCCUAUGGUCAAGCCAAACAAUGGCACAUUCGCGUUGGGCAUUUAUCGGGACCACGCUCAUUGCAGCUUGUUACGUCGUUAUCAUACGUCAGCGGAAGUGAUCGAACGUUCGCGAUGAGCCAUUGCAAUUCGUUCAAGGCUGUGAAAGGAGCCUAAUGGAGGAUUCGAUUGCGGCAAUUUUGUCGGAAGUAUUGAUAAGAUCUUGCUGAUGCUUAGCCAUCUCUUGAUCAAUCGUGAGUGUUGUCACGCCUGUGCGGCCGCCCCGGGCAUUGCGGGCGCUUGUUGAGAGCUGUUCUAACUCCUGGCGAUGCAGGUGGAGAUCAUUUAUGAAGGUAUCAAGUUGAGUUAGGUGUGAUUGAAGUUGUUCGAGUUCUUUUUUCUUCGCCUCCAGCUCAGCGACGAUGUCUUGACUCAAUGUUGGCUGCGCGGUCCCAGACAUGUUGGAAAACUCAAAUCACUGGUAAUCGUUAUGUUAUGUGAUGGAUUUUAAGCUUCAGAACUCCGUCCCUUACUUUAUUCCAAAUUCACUGUUCUUUUUUCCUCUGCCCCUCCCUGCACAUUUUAGGCAACUAUCACUCCGGCAGGGGUCUAUUGGGCAAUAAUCAAGAACGGUAUAUGCAACCGCAUGGUAGUUAAUGCAGCAGUGCUACAUUGGCCGUCUCUAAAAGACUAGCGUAUUCUAUACAGGCAAUUUUCAUGGGUUCACACCAUAAUUUGUAGGCUACUGGGGCAAAAGAGCUCAGUCACCACCAGCGCACUGCUGGUAGAAGGGCCGAUCAACCCGGGACCCUCAACACCCCCUCUCAGACCAGCUAUCACAGAGUACUCCUCUCUGUGACUCCUCUCAGUGACUCCUCUUAGUGACUCCUCUCAGCAGUCUUUCUUUUUGAACUCACUUCUAGGGCUCAUUCUUUCAAGGGCUAACUUCUAGAGCCUUUUUUCUGAGGUGUCUCUUGGCACUGUUUUAAUGUCUGAGAUAUCUUUUUGGGAUAACUAUUGUUUGGAAUUUUAUCCUUAAGUCCAUCCUGGGAUUGAACCCAUGCAUGUUGACCACAGCGGGGCUCACGCUAAACAAUCUCAUAAUCUGUAGGCUACUAACAUCAUACGGGAAGAAUGUAGACUUAUUAUACGACCGGA